AAUGAUCAACUCGACAAGCAAAACACAAGGACACUGGAUCAGUAGAAGAAACUUAAAUCUGUUGCUCUCACACACGGGGUCUCUAGAAAACGAAGGACACAUAGAGUAUUGAAUUACUUUUGCCCCAUGCCUCAAAGAAAAGAGAGAGGAGUCUCAGCUCACCGUGGCCCACAUUACAAAAACCAGGACACUGGCCAAAGAAUGUGCCUCCCAUUCAAGAAAAUGUCAAAGUCUUUAAAGAAGAUCGUGGAGGAGGCCAAGGAUAAAAAUCUUGUCGAGGUGGACAUGUGCGAUAGAGGGAUAUCUAGCAUGCAGGACAUUAUUGGCGUAUUUACAUUGUCCAACAUAACUCAACUGGUCUUGAGCCACAACAAGUUGACGACUGUACCUGCUAACAUUGCCGAACUUAAGAACUUGGAAGUGCUAAACAUGUUCAACAAUCAGAUAGAAGAGCUUCCCACUCAAAUCAGCAGCCUUCAGAAACUCAAGCACUUAAAUCUGGGGAUGAACAGACUGAGUACCUUGCCCAGAGGCUUUGGUUCUCUUCCAGCUCUGGAGGUCCUGGAUUUGACUUACAACAACCUGAAUGAGACCUCAUUGCCAGGAAAUUUCUUCUAUCUUACCACGCUGCGCGCACUCUAUCUCAGUGACAACGACUUUGAAAUCCUGCCCCCAGACAUCGGCAAGCUGGCCAAGCUACAGAUACUGAGUCUGAGGGAUAAUGACCUGAUCUCUCUACCAAAAGAGAUAGGAGACCUUGUGCAGCUGAAGGAACUGCAUAUCCAGGGCAAUCGGCUAACGGUGCUACCUCCCGAACUUGGUAAUCUGGACCUGACUGGCCCAAAGCAGGUGUUUAAGGCAGAGAGCAACCCAUGGGUAACUCCUAUAGCAGAUCAGUUCCAGUUGGGUGUCUCCCAUGUCUUUGAAUAUGUCCGUUCUGAGACCUACAAGUAUCUUUAUGGACGACACAUGCAGGCAAAUCCCGAGCCACCGAAAAAGAACAACGACAAAUCCAAGAAGAUUAGCCGCAAGCCCCUGGCUGCCAAGAACAAGUGAAGAUGAGAAGGAUGGAUGAAGAGCCCCCCCCUUCUGCCUGUCCGAGCUGGACCUCACUGCAUGUGCCUUCCCUCCACUUUUCUAUUUAUUUACUAAAAAAAAUAACACAUUUUGUAUGGUUUCUGUAUAGUGUUGUAUUAUACAUACAUGUUGUGUGGCGUAACAGUUGCACUGAUAUAAAAAAACAGCUAUUAGUUUUCUCUCUUUUUCCUCUUUCCAUCCCUACAUUAUCUACAUUACACUAGGCUUGAUUAAUUUGCUAUAAUAGUUUUUGCCUGUAUCUCAUAAUUGCAUGGUGUCUCUUAAAUGUUACUGCAGCAUUAAAUGUAGACAAUCAUGAAAAGUUUGUAAGAUAUUGUCAAAAAAUUUUGACCAAGACACAGUUUUCAAAGUAAUGUAAUAGUGCAAAGAUAUUUGAGAAAGUACUGCUUAGGCAUGUAAAACAUUAUUUUUAGUAAAACAUUUUUAGUUAUUAGACCUAUAAUAUGCAUUGUAAUAUGCAUAUACCUACUAUGUUUCCUCAUGUUGUUUAUACAGUCUCCUGUUCAAAUACGGUGCAGUGAAGGAAAAAAAAAGAUCAUACUCCACUGUCUGAUUUGAGACAUCUAAACAAGGCACACAGCUUUCCACAACAGCAGUUUGUACCCUCAGCGCCGGGCUUGGCAGCGGGUCUGUUGCAUAACUGGUGAGGGAUUUUUAGAGGGGUUUAGUGGUCUGAGCCGAGUAUGUGCAGGAUUGUGUCCUGCCUCAGAGGACAUGUAUCAGUCUGCUACUUCUGCCUCACCUCUUGCUCUUAAUGACUCGUAUGAAUGGUCUACAAACCGAAGUAUCGAAUGUUUAACAAAUAAGACUAGUUACAAAACAACUCCACAGUUUCAAACAAUAGAACGCUUAUAUAAUCCAUGGUAUUGGUUUUCCUUUCAGCAUUGUUUGGAUGUACAUUCAAAAGUGGUCUCUUCUAUUUCAAAUUGUUUCAACUCCUACUGUAACUCUAAAUGAAUCGACACCAUGAGCUUUAUUGUUGAUCUAUGCAAUAGUAUUGUCACAAGUCACGCCAUUGUUUUAUUACAUAUCUGUCAGUGUUUAAUUCUUUUUGUCACUAGAGAGCAGUUUUAUUUCACCAUAAGUUAUGUUUCUUCAUUUUGAACUGUUUUGAAUAAAAUAUUCUGUUUGACUGUCA